AAUCUAUUUCAUCCUGCAACCAAGAGUGUGGUAACAACGACAAUUGUAUCUUAUGCAAAUGGGAGCAGUGCCUCUGGUGCAGACGGGAGUAUUUAUGCUGUUUAUGACGUGCAUUUCAACACAUCACGGACAUCAUUAGAUGUGCUAACAAUGCUUCAAGAAGAGUUGAUACGAAGCAACUAUCUUCUCAAUGCUGAUGGCAAUAAUAAUCUGUACUUAAGCCCAAGACCCCAGGAUGCUGCUGACGUGAAUGCAAUUGACGAAUGUUUGUUGGGAGAGGAUGAUUGUUCAGCUAAUGCAAGGUGUACUGAUCUGAACGAUGCUGGUGGGUUCAGCUGUGCUUGCGAUCCCGAGUAUGAAGACAUCCUUCCUGAGCUACCAGGGAGACUAUGCACCCUAAUUGUCACGAAUGGCACAAAUUCGACCGAUUUUACCACUACACUGCCCAUCACCACUGUCUCACCGUCAUCUUCUGCAUCACUCGAAACUUGGCAGAUUGUAGUAAUUUCGAUCGGGUGUCUAUCUGCAGGUCUUCUUCUUGCACUGUGUUGCUGCUGCCUAUUCUUAAUUCCUUUACGGCGUCGACGUUACAUGAAUCAGAAGCCAGAGGAAUCAAUGAUAUAUAACUACGCAAACCAUCAAAUGAUCGAGCCGGCUGCGUUCUUUGCCCGAAUAUACGAAGGAUCCUUAAAUGAAACAUCAGACUUCCCAAGCGUCCGAACAAGAAGUAGCAGACCAUUUUCAGAAUCCGUGGUUUCUAAUCCUAUAGCUGUAGCUGAACCGUUAUCAUCCCAUGAUCCUCUAGUGUAUGACGUCACUGAGAGGGAUUAUAUCACGGAGAGUGUGCGCCACUAUGCAGUUGAUCCAAGGGAGACGUCCAUAAGGGAAAGUUUUAAGCGGGUUCUAAAUGAUGUUUUAGCGAGGGGCCCUCCGGAUCAGAGAGGCCCGCGUGCCAGGGUUCCCGAUCAUUUAGCGGCAUUCUUGGAGGAAAGUAGAUCAUCACCAAUAAACGAUGGAAUUAUCAACAAUACCUUCGAUGAUGUCGAAUCACCGCCACAGGGUAGAAAACCAAUCACCCCGAAUAUGUUCUUUGCAAGAAUGAUUGAUGGUUCCGAGUCAUAACGGUUGCAGCACGCAUUGAGCUACAUGUAUGUGGAACAUGAUGCGAAGGAAAUGUAUUAUUUAAACAUGUGAAAAUAAAUUGUUCGUUUUAAAAUGGCUGAGUAGAAUGAAGGGAAAAUGUAGCUUCUCGAAUUUUAUCGUAAUAACAACAGAUACCUCAUCUAUCUGAUGUGUUGGAAUAAUGAAAAAUAAAAUCGAUAUUAUAGUACUAGAAACAUGUAAAAUUAUCCUAAAUUCUUAUUUCAUUUUCUUUAAGAUACAUGUAUCAUGUAAGCUGUAUAAAAAUAUGUAUUAUAUAAAUUUCCCUAUUUAUUCGGACUUGAAUUUUUUUGUUUUUGCUUUGUUAUUAAACAAACAGGGUAGUUGCGUCUGUCCUCAAUAGUACGAUUAAUAUUAUGUGAUCUAUGUUAGAAAAAAAGUAUGUAUAUUACUUCUUACGCAGAAUACCGUUUCGUUAAUAUUUUUUUCAUAUCACACUAUGUUUAAAUAUGUCAUAUAUUGCGUUUUCCAUGAAGUUGAAAUAAUAUUGAUCACAUAAAUUACUACGAAUGCGAAAUUGAAGAAAUAAUUAUGCAUGUGGUAUCUAUGAAAACGCAGUAAGUAAAAUGCAAAAUUAAAAGAAACAGCGAGAAUGUAAUGGAGCAGGAUGUUUGUUUUUCUUUUUAAGAAACCUUCUUCGUGUUUAAAUGGGUUUAUUUUGGUUGAUUUUAAAAGCUGCGAAAGUACCUGUCGAAUUCUGUUUCAGUACUAUAGACACGAAAUAUCUUGGCUUUUUCGUAUGCCAACUUUCGACGUAGGGUGUGUGUUUAUAUGCAUCUUUCGAAUCAUCCAACAUGGGCGCGAAUCCUUUUUCGUGUUUAUACAGAUAAUUCAAAUAUAAAAUCUUAUUGGCUGAUACGCCGUGUCUAUGCAUAAUUAAGAAACUGAAGAUGUCCUCUCGCAUCAACCGGAUUUUGCCAGAAUGAGCUCGACGGGUGCAUGUGGAUUCUUUAUAUAAACAUGGAAACAGGCGUGAUAUGAAAGCAGAUGAGGGUAAUUUUGUGCUAUGCUGCGAAAAUUCCUUAUAUCAAAUACCGCUAAUUCAUUGAAUAGUUUUUACUUACGCAUCCUCGGCCAAAACUUCUGAUAAGAUAUAAGGAUGUAGAUUUGUUUCAUACAUCGAUCGAAUUCAGGCACUGUACAGAUACACUGGAUGAAUCCCAUUCACUUAAAUCUUUAUCAUGUUUAUGAUUUUCAAUGUGUCACGGUCUUUGAUUUUAUUAAUAUAUUAUUUGAUCAUCUUUGUUAAAUUUAUGUUAUUUAUCCUAGUCUUUAUAAUUUAAUGUUAUAUUUGGAAUGCCAAUGCCGGUUAGAACGGUAUAACGAAGAUAUAUCCCUAAUCGUUUUCUUACUGAUGCUUAAUGACAACGGCAAAUUGACAGUUCGUAUGACGUCACUAAGCGAAGUUUUCAAAGGUUGUAAUACACUUUAUUUGUUAAAGAGCUAUAUCCAGUAAAUACGU